AAAAUGGCGUCGUGUAAACGGUUGUUUGUGUUUUUAUUAUCAGUUUUUGCUAUAACGUUAAUUACAGAAAUUGGACAUGUGGAAGGAAAGGGGGGUCGCGGCGGUGGUGGUGGUAGAGGGGGUGGUUCAAGAGGCGGAUCAAGAGGUGGUUCCAGAGGAUCAAGAGGAAGCGGAGGUCGUUCACGGGGAAACAGCAUAUCUCGGUCAGGAUCCAGCCCUUACACAAGAUCUACCUUUACUGCAGCAUUAACAGGCGGGUAUAUCUAUGGAAGUCUCAGAUAUAUGAGGACGAGUAGAUACAGAUCCUAUCCAAGCGAAAUACCUACAAUUUGUACCAAUAACUUCGAUAAAGACAGCAAUGGUACAACGUAUGGUUAUUUUAUUUGUCCACGAGCCGGAGAACCAGAAGACCAUGAAUAUUGUUGUGGUGACGACAAACGAGAACAUUGCUGUGAAUAUUAUAAUCAAACUGGACGAAUAGUGGGGAUUGUUUUCGGGGUGUUAUGUGGAGUAACUGUUUUAUCUGUGUUACUGUAUUGUUGUAUUAAACAUUAUAAGAAAGACAAGGUGGAUGACAAGUUCAAUUCUAUUCGACAAGGUUCGUACAACAACGGAAAUACCACAACACCAGCAUCAACAGGGCCUUACAAUUCCAACCCGCCAACAUCUACAGCAUUUACCACUUCCGUCUCAGAUAAUCCUUAUGACAGUAAACCUAUCAGUGGUGAUGCAACCCCAGCUUACGACAGCAAGUCUGCACCACCUUACUCCCUUGAGCCUACAUCAGCUUUUACAUAUUCUCCUACUCCAGCUGCUACAGCUGGUACAGUACCCUUAGGAUUUGAGUAUUCAGAUCCGGCGCAUUACACACCUCCACCACCAUAUUCCCAAGCUGUGAACCAACAUAAGUGUUUUAAGUGACGUCAUCUAAUGACAAAUCGUAACUUAGUCUCAGAAACUGGAACGAUGUAGUUUAUCUAAUCAGUAAUGAUGUCCACAGCUCAGCGUCGAAAUUCGAAACUUUAAAUCUAUUUGUGUCCAGAAUUUUCCGCGUUUGAAAGUUAAAAAGACGACUCGCUUUUCUUUGAGACUCUUUCAUGUAUAGAAAAGACAUAUAUAGAAAUAGAAUGUGAAAUUAAUGUUGAAUGAAUUAAGCGAUUUUCGUCCAUUUCUAACUUCUGGAGCCUAUUUACAUAUAUCCAAAACCCUCUUCAACUCCCAAAAAUAGCAAACCUGUCUCUUUUAAUGAGAUAUUAAAUGAUCUGACGGCUUUUGUAUUGAAGCUUAUCAACUACAUUUUAUAUUUUCAUUUCAUCUUGCUGAUAAGAACCAGUGCCUAUUUUGAUGAUAUUCAUCUAUGAUUUGUAUAAUUAUGUUAUUAUCGACGAUAUCGGUUCGCAGUCUACAAACAAUACAGUUUUAAUUUUCCAUCAUUUUAUACAUAAUAUGUAUUGAUAUUCAAAUGUGUUUUGCAUACAUGUAUUUUAUUUUUAAUUACCCGUACUAAUAUACACCAAAUUGUUAUUAUAUUUUUUUCAUUUUUUACACCUGUAUAUAAACUACACAUGUUCCUAUAGCAACAUUACCAGGAUGUAGAUAAUCUUUGUAUUUGUACCGUUGCUAUAGGAACAUGAUAACUACAAAGCUAUCACAUUCUAUUUUAAUAUCAGCCUGAUUGGGCUUGUUUCCAUUUCGUCAAUAGUCAGAGAGGAACACUUUGAUCGAAAGGCAUAUGAUUUAUGGAUACUCACUCUCAGUUUGUUAAUUCUCUAAUACCAUGUGCCUUGUUAACAUGCAAAUAAGAAUUAUUAUAAAGAUGUGUCCAACUUAAGUCUCAACUUGGCGCAAGUUACUGUCCAGUGUCCACUCUUGUAGCUGUUCGGAAUUCUCGAAUUCUGAAAUAAGACUGGAAACGAGCCAGAUCGCGUUUUAGUUAUUUUGAUUAUUAUAUGUUUUAAUAAUAAAGUUAUAUUUUUUUUAUGAAA